CGCGAUGCCAAUGUCUCGUGUCGCGUACGGCUGCAGUUCACGUGACAGUCCCAGCAAGACAGUGCGGGUUUUCCGAUUUCCGUGGGUAAAACGGGAUCGACAGCGCCGUGAAGCCUGGAUUAGGGCUGUGAAGCGGCAACAUGCGCAAGGGCGUCCAUGGCAGCCGUCAGCAGCAUCUCGACUCCGCGGGAAGCACUUUGUGACAGGGGCGCAUUCGCUGUCACCCAGACAUCCGGACUUCAUACCGACGCUGUUCGUGUACACAGACCAGUUCAGAAAGAAGGACGUGGUCGACCGUCAUGUUCGUACCGCGGCGCGUUCCAAGAGGAAAACAGGCGCUCUACCAACAGCAGGUACAGAGGUUUCAGGUCAAGGAGGAACUUGUAAAGGUCACAGUGAUGGGGAAGGAAGCAGACACAUCCUGUGUUCAGGGUGCAGAGCUGCUUGCAACAUCCCCAAUGCUCACUGAGCCACAGGAGGUCCUAGAGCCAACGCCCUUAAGCAGAGAGGAGAACACUGACCACCUAUUAACUGAAAAUGUGGCGUUAGAACGGAAAGUCAGGGGAUAUAGAACUGCAAUGCACAAAGCUAAAACGCUGCACUUGUUCUGUGGAUACUAUUCACAAAUCGUCUUUUAAGUUUUGUACGGGACUGCAAAUAAAGGAACAGUUUGAAGCACUCUUUAAGCACAUUGAAAAGAAAUGCAGAACGCAUGGUUUAUUGGGAUGGAGGAAAAACACAAGCAAAGGAAAGACAGCUCUUCAAGCGCGAAGAACUUUUCAUGGUGCUGUAUAGGCUCAGGACUGGUGUUUGUGCCAAGGAAGUGGCUCGAAUGUUUGGAAUUUCUCAGUCAUGCCUUAGUCGCAUCUUUUGUACAUGGUUCAUUUUUCUCGAUAAAGAGCUUUCAGCAUUGACAAGGUUUCCCACAUUAGCAGAGAUCAAAAGGCACAUGCCAAUGGCAUUCAGUGACUUCUCAAACACUAGAGUCAUCCUUGAUUGCACAGAGGUGAGAAUCCAAAGACCUUCAAAACUACAGGCACAGAGGCAUACUUUCUCCUCGUACAAGCAUUAUGACACGUUCAAAGCACUUGUUGGGGUAACACCAGAUGGCUAUGUUUCAUUUGUGCCAGAUUUGUGGGGUGGGCAUGUUUGGCGAAGUUGUCGAAAAAUCGGGCCUACUGGGUUUAUUAGAUGCGGGGGACGGUGUGAUGGUCGACAAAGGCUUUAGGUUGGAGGGCGUUUUGCCACCAUCUAUUCAAAUCCGCAUGCCACCAUUUAAAAUGGGGAACCAAUUGUCAGCUAGUGACGUGAUUGCCAUCCAAAAAAUAGCUGGCGCUAGGAUCCAUGUUGAGAGAGUCAUAAGACGUAUCAAAGAAUUUCAUUUUUUAGACAAACCACUGCCAAUCAACAUGCUCGACAUUACUGACAGUGUUUGUAGGACUUGCGCUUUUUGUGCAAUUUUCUACAGCCAAUCAUUUCAAUCAAUAAUGAGAACAAGUAGCCAGCUCGCACAUCUCUACUUUAAAUGAGCCCCCUUUACAAUGCUUAUGACCAGAAGAGACCAGACUGUAACAACAGUAUACUCUCAUACUAUAUCACGUGUACUUACGACGCUGUCUACUGUGCUACCUCCUGAGGAAAUUUGUAUUUUGCAUCUCUAUGAAUAAAUGAUACUGCUUUUUCAGUUA